AUGACGGAGGACCUAGCUAAGCGUCUACCACCUGAUGUCGAAGAGAACAUAGUGCAUAUCCAGCACUUGAAUAAGCUUCUAGCUAAGGCUGAUUCACAUGACCCACACCCCUCCAAACACUUCGCGAGAUCUCACCCGUCCUUCGCACCAACACCACAGCUCAACGUGCUCCUCUCUGCGAUCAAGAAAUCUCUCGACCUUCUAGAAGAUGCCUUCCGCGAACCUGGAGCGAAACGAGUGCGUCGCAACACGACCAAAGAAAGUGACGAGACAGAGAAGAAGACCUUCAUUGUGAAGCUACGAGCAGCCAGCUUGGCUGUCACCGGAGAGAUUGGAGACAUCCUCCGCGAAUCUGGAGCAGAACGAGCGCGCCGCAGCACAACCAAGGAAGGCGACGAGACAGAGAAGAAGAGCCUGAUGGUUAAGCUACGAGCAGCCAGCUUGCCUGUCGCCGAUCGGACCGGAGACUCGAGCCCUAUGGCGAAGUUGAAAUCCUCUGGCCUCUGCGCUGCAAAGCAAGGAGAGUCGAGCUCAAGCGCCGAGCCUGAAUUCGGCGAAGACGACGAUGACUGUCGGGAUCCUAUGAUCACUAUCUUCUGUCCGCCCAGAUACCGUAGCGGAAAGAUAGCGAUCAUCGGAUCUGGUCCGUUCAUCACUUCCAUGUUUGUUGGUCAGGAGGGGCAGCCUAGUUUGGAGUCGCUUCGUGGGAUUAUCACUCAACCACAAUUCGACCUCGCUACUUGGUUAUCGCUCCGCGUCACGGCUGUCGACCUAUACGGCUAUGCAAACGAGGACAGAAUGUUCAACUUGCCGGAGAAGUUCGCCAUCCAGCUGAAACAUACGGAUCACGAAGCCUAUCCGCAAUCGCCAGUUCUGCUCCUCUACAGCCUCGCCCCCCACGGCACCCUCUUUAUACACCAUGGAGCAUGA